AUGCGCUCCUUCGUGGCUUAUCUUCGUCCUUUUGAGUCCUUGUCGCCGGCACAGGACAUCAAAGAACAUCUGCUGGCCGCCAGACAGGUGAGAAUCAAAAUGGAACUUGAUCAAAGGACAACACGCAGGCAGCUAACUUUUUCACCAAAAGGUGCGGAGCAUUCGAAGAAUUCGUAA